AUGUCCCACGCACCCCUCUGGCUGUUGGACGUUGUCCUGGUACUCCUUGGGCAUGUGGACAGAGCCACGCUGAGAAAUGACAAAUGGAAGCCACUGAACAACUCCAAAAACUGAGAUCUGUGUUUCAGAAACCUUCAGGCAUAUUUUAAGGGCAGAGGUCUUGAUCUUGGGAGUUUUCUGAAUACUUUCCCUGUGAAUGAGAAUCCCAGACCUCUCUCUUUCCAAUCAGAAUUUAUUGCUUCUGCUUUUGCAGAUUAUGAAGAGCAGAAAAAUUCCUUUCUAAAUUACCUCAAAGGCUAA